GCCGCUGCAGCAGUCUGGGGUCCACAUCCUCUCACAGCCCCCCCUCACCCCGGAGCCUCGUCCAUGUGCUCUCCGCCCUCCCAGCAGAGGAAGUUCGGCGGCGGCGGGGCGUCUUGUGUCGUCUGUCCCGGCUCUAACCAGGAAGAUAGCGUGGUGCGGCUGUGUCGGCGAGCGGGAGCAGGUGACGGUGCGGGACACCAUGACCGGGAGAGAGACGUCCACGGACCGGAUCCUCGACGACACGAUGGCGAACCCGUCUCCUGCCAAGAGCCUCGGCGACCCUGGGAUCACUCCGCUGUCUCCAACCCACAUUCAGCAGAACGAUUCGGACCAGGUCUCCACAGGGUCCUCCUUCGUGGUGGUGGUCGCCAUCGACUUUGGCACCACGUCCAGCGGAUACGCCUACGCCUUCACCAAGGAGCCGGAGUGCAUCCACACCAUGAGGCGCUGGGAAGGUGGAGACCCCGGCGUGUCCAAUCAAAAGACUCCCACCACCAUCUUACUGACUCCAGACAGGAAGUUCCACAGUUUCGGCUACGCUGCCCGGGACUUCUAUCAUGACCUUGACCCCAGCGAGUCCAAGCAGUGGCUGUACCUGGAGAAAUUCAAGAUGAAGCUGCACACCACUGCUAACCUCUCCAUUGACACAGACCUCCAGGCUGCCAAUGGGAAGCGGGUCAAAGCUCUGGACAUCUUUGCCUAUGCUCUGGCUUUUUUCAAGGAGCAGGCACUGAAGGAGCUGAGUGAUCAGACCGGCGGGGAGUUCGACAACAACGACGUCAGAUGGGUCAUAACGGUUCCUGCCAUCUGGAAAAUGCCAGCCAAACAGUUCAUGAGAGAAGCUGCGUACAAGUCCGGCCUGGUGUCCAGGGACAACCCCGAGCAGCUGAUCAUCGCCUUAGAACCUGAAGCCGCGUCCAUCUACUGUCGCAAGCUUCGCCUCCAUCAGAUGGUGGACCUGACCCAGAGCACACAGAAUGGUCUGAGCCCGACGGAGAACGUGGGCAGCGGGAUGACUCAAGCGAAGGAGCAUGUGAGGCGGAACCGUCAGAGUCGAACCUUCCUGGUGGAGAACGUUGUGGGAGAGCUCUGGUCCGAGCUGGAAGAAGGGGACCGUUACGUGGUGGUGGACUGCGGCGGAGGGACUGUGGACUUGACGGUGCACCAGAUCCGCCUGCCUGAAGGGCACCUGAAGGAGCUGUACAAAGCCUCAGGUGCGGUCUGCUCUCUCCCUCUCAGCUGCUCCGCCACCGUCCUCACUGUCCCCUCUGCUCCCUCAGGAGGCCCCUAUGGCUCGCUCGGGAUCGACUACGAGUUUGAGAAGCUGCUGUGUAAGAUCUUCGGCCAGGACUUCAUCGACCAGUUCAAGGUGAAGCGGCCGGCCGCCUGGGUGGACCUGAUGAUCGCCUUCGAGUCCAGGAAGAGAGCAGCCGCGCCCGACCGGACCAACCCGCUCAACAUCAACCUGCCCUUCUCCUUCAUCGACUACUACAAGAAGUUCCGGGGCCACAGCGUGGAGCAUGCGCUGCGCAAGAGCAAUGUGGACUUUGUCAAGUGGUCCUCUCAGGGGAUGUUGAGGAUGAGCCCUGACGCCAUGAACUCUCUCUUCAAGCCGACCAUCGACCACAUCAUCCAGCACCUGAACGAGCUUUUUGACAAGCCGGAGGUCAGCCAGAUCAAGUUCCUCUUUCUGGUCGGCGGGUUUGCCGAGUCGCCGCUGCUCCAGCAGGCGGUGCAGAACAUGCUGCAGGGCCGCAGCCGCAUCAUCAUCCCGCACGACGUGGGCCUCACCAUCCUGAAGGGGGCAGUGCUGUUCGGUCUGGACCCCAGCAUCAUCAAGGUGCGGCGCUCGCCGCUCACGUACGGCGUGGGCGUCCUCAACCGUUUCGUGGAGGGCAAGCACCCGCCGGCGAAGCUGCUGGUGAAGGACGGCACCCGCUGGUGCACCGACGUCUUCGACACCUUCAUCGCCGCCGACCAGUCGGUGGCUCUGGGCGAGCUGGUGAAGCGCAGCUACACGCCAGCCAAGCCUGCACAGCAGGUCAUCGUCAUCCACGUGUACUGCUCCGAGAAGGAAGCCGUCAGCUUCAUCAGCGAGCCCAGCGUCAAGAAGUGCGGCACACUCCGCCUGGACGUGAGCGGCACGGAGAGCGCCGCGCCGCGCAGGGAGAUUCAGACCCUCAUGCAGUUCGGCGACACAGAGAUCCGGGCCAUGGCCGUCGACGUGUCGACCGGACGUACCGUCAAAGCCAGCAUUGACUUCCUCAGCCACUAGGGGGCGCGUCUGUAGCUGACACUCUCUGGCAGACACUCACACACACACACUCUCCUCACUCACACGCGGAGGUGUUUUUCCUUUGGUUUCAUCUCAGCUCACUUGCUGAUCCUUCACCUGCUCAGUGCCUCAACGUUUGCUCACCAUGUUUGUUUGGUCAUUUCACAUUCCGUUCUCAGUGCCUCAACGUUUGCUCACCAUGUUUGUUUGGUCAUUUCACAUUCCGUUCAUCCCCAGCAGAGAGCGUGGCUUGGUUUGUCUCUGUGGUUCAGCACAGCAAAGGCGACCGUGCUACUCACUGAUGUCUGAGUUUCAACGUUCUCCUUGUCGUCACACUGAGUCAUGGUGACGCCAGUCAUCUGCCUUCUCAUCUUUUCUUACACCACAAUGACCGAACACUUUACUUACAGGUCUCAUCUGUGAUGCCUGCGUCAGACAGCAUCAUGCAGAUGUUCACAAUCAUGUACUGUGGCAACUUACCACCAGGUUUAUCAAAUUUAAAUCUAAAGUUGUGGAUUUAGCUGAAUCCAGUUCUAAAGACUCAAGAGCCCUUGACCCUGACCAUGCAGUCCAAUAUUAUUAGAAAUAAUUUCUUCCCGUUCUGCUGCUUAUAAAACUAAAAAGUUGCCCUACAUGACCACGAACAAAACAUCUUCUGUGAAGCCUGACAGAUGCACUAUCAUUCCUCAUGAAUGUAGUAAUAACACAUCAUCGAUGAGACCUUUAGGUGAAGGGUAGCCAGCUCAUCUUCUUCACCGCCCCUCAUCCUGCUCUCAUCUGCUGCAGCUGUGUGAGAACUAACAAACGCUCGUCAUGUAAAUACAGUAUUUAAGUCUUGUACAGAUUUUAGCAGCUUUAGAGCCAAUCGUGUGUGUGAGUGCUCUGAAAAAGUCUCGGUGAGUUUCAGCUGACAUUUCCCCUCUGAAUCAAAGUGUGUGUGUGUGCUUUGUAUAGCUAUACUUGUGGGGACCAAUACUUUGGGAAAAUACCUCCUUGUUGAAAAAAAAAGUUUUUGUGGGGACCUUACACAAGUUAAACCUCAAUGUGAGGAUUAAAACUAACUAGGUUUGGUUCAGAGUCCUGGUUCAGGUGAGCCACGUGUUUUGGGUGGUUAGGCUGGGGAAAGGGUGAUGGCAAUGAGAGGUCCCCACAAAGGUAGGAAUACAAACGCGAGUGUGUGUGCAGGUUUCAUCAGCAGCUUCAGGAGGCGUCAGAACUGUUGCUCAGAUAUCAGCUUCACGUUGGAUCUCAAAUAUUCCGUAGUUGUCGAGCGAUGACUUCUCACUUCUGUCUGGACUUCAGUGUCAGGUAGAGCUUGUCCCUGACCUCUGCACGACCCUCGGUCAUGUGUUGCAGUGUUGUGUUGGCGCCGCCUCACACACCCCGGUGGUUCCUCUGCUGAAUGAAGAUACAUCCAGGUGCUGUCAGGUUGUGAGAUGUUUACGUCCUAGCAAGCUAACAAACUAGCAUGUGAGGGAGGCGAGCGCCUCAAUCCCACACAGCUCUGAAGUGACUCUAGCUUCCCACCGCUGCUCUGUCCUCGACACUUGCUCCACCCCCCGCACGUUUCCGCAUGAGACUCUAUCCAACGACAGCAAAGAGCUUGGAAAGCUAAGCUAGCUCUGAAUGCUAACACUUGACCGCCUGCUUUAAAGACUCAAGGCCAACUUCCUCCUUCAGCCGGGAAACUUUUGCGUGGCAGCUUUGAUCCCUUGAGCUUCGGAGCUUUUCAAGUAUCUGCUCGACAAUAUAACGCCUCGAGUCACCAUGAUCACCACUUCAUCCAGCGACUUCUUCUGGUUUCUUCCGAGCCAAGGUCCACCUGUCAGACGCUCACCAAUAAACAACCAGUGUAUUUCAA